AAAGAAUUAUUUUCGGAGCGUAACGGAGUCUCCAAGAGAGAAAAGGGGAAAUGUAUUUAUAAUCGAAAUGAUAAAAGCAGUGCAUGCAUCAGUGAUUACAGCUAUUUUAACUUACCCAGCAGAGGUAACAUCAUUAAUCAUCCAAUAGAUGUUGCAGGUGCUUUAGAGGAAAACCAUCAGCAUCUGAUAUUACUAUCUGUCCAAGUUUAUCAUAAUUCAAAAGCUCCAAUUCGAGCACCACUUCCACAACGUAAACUACAAUCUGCCCUUAGAGCUCUCCAAGGAUUUUCAGUUGACAAAUCAGGAAGACCACACGCAUGA